UUGGUUUUGGGAUUUCCGAGGAUUCCGAUUCUUGCGCCUUAGGUAUGAUGACCGAUUUUGGCGACAACCCGGUCGUGUAAUGUUAAGCUAUAUAAAAAGAAAAUGAUUGGCUUUGCAAACUGGGCAUUGUUUGGUGCAUUUGUUGCCUCCUAUAGGCCUCGAAUAAUUUAAGACUGCAAAAGAGAAGUGUGGUGUAAGGUGCAGGAUGGGAAGGGUAAAACUAAAAAUAAAGAAAUUGGAGAACACAAAUGGGCGUCAAGCGACAUAUGCCAAGAGGAAGCAUGGCAUCAUGAAAAAAGCUAACGAGUUAUCUAUACUCUGUGAUAUAGAUAUUAUCCUUCUCAUGUUCUCACCAACUGGCAAGCCUUCUUUGUGCAGCGGAAAGCGCAGCAUUGAAGAGGUUAUUGCCAAAUUUGCUCAACUCACUCCUCAGGAAAGGGCAAAAAGGAAGUUGGAAAGUCUCGAAGCACUGAAAAAAACUUUUAAGAAGUUGGAUCAUGAUGUGAAUAUACAAGAAUUUUUGGGUACAAGUUCUCAAACUGAGGAGUUGUCCAGCCAAGCUAGUUUUUUUCAGUCUCAACUUUCUGAGAUACAUAAGAGACUCAGCUACUGGACUAACCCUGAUAAGAUUGAUAGUGUAGAACAUCUUGGGCAAAUGGAAAAUUCACUAAGAGAAUCACUUAACCGAAUUCAAACCCACAAGGAGAUUUUGCAAAAACAGCUAAUAUCAUUAGAACACUCCAGUCAGUUCCAAAAUGGGAUACAUUUACCCUUCAGGGUGGGUGCUGAGCAACAGCUACAGCCUCUCUCAUGGAUACCGAAUAAUGAUGGUCAACAUAUUGUUUUGCCGGAUGACCCAAGCUUGAUUCCCCACAGGGAUAUUGAAUGCUCUACAAGUUCCUCAUUUGGGAGUUAUUCUGGUUACUUUGGCAUGGGCAGAAACUUGGAUAUUUCUAAUUCCGGACAAGAAACCGGCAUAGUCAACGAGUUAAGCCAAACCGCGCCAAUGAGGCUACCACUGGGUGGCGGCCAAUUCCCUUACGUGCCUUACAAUCUGAAUGUGCUAAAUGAUACAAAAUUUCGGCCUCAAGCAGAGAUGAAUCCGCAGGAAAACGCUGUGGAUUAUCAUGUCAAUGGAAACUUUGAAGUUCCUAGACAUGCAUACGAGACAACCCAUCAAAGUACUUGGGCUUCAACAUCUGGGCCCUAUGAUGCUGUUUCUAUAUUAGAUGAGACUUUGUACCCUCAGCAACCGAACUAGACCCAUGAAUGAAACUUUUUCGCUCGUUCACUGCUAAAAGUUGCUGCAGAAAUUGGAUCUUGCUUGGAGCAUAAUGAUUUUGGUUUUUUUACAGCUUUCUCAUCCUUGCUAUGAUAAAUUAGAAGGCAUACAGUGAGUGAUGUAUACUACGGGAUAGGGAAAAAAAAAAACAGAAAAAUCUUUUGCCAAUACUAUAUCAAAAAUUACCUUGAGGGGGUGUCAAGAUCGAGAAUGUUGCAUGACCUUGAACCCCUCUCAGUUUCUUAAGCUGUAAAUAAAAACAUAUACAUACAUAGUAAUCAAAAUCACAGAUAUAUGAUGAGAUUUUUGCCUACUACUUCCAAGUGUAUCCAUUCUAUACAACACA